AUGUUUGGAGUCCAGACGGCGAGCCGCCGAAGCACAGGCUGUCAGGGAUGUCGCAAAGGGAGAGUAAAGUGCUGGGAAGAGCGACCACGUUGCCGUAGAUGUACUCGAAAAAACAUUGACUGCGAAUACCCCGAUCCGCUGGAUAAUUUUCGCAACGAGAACAGCAAGGCUGCCAACCGAGCCUCGACGCUGUGGCGCCAGCGAGCCUUCAAGAUCGACGAAGACGAGAGCACGACCGAUGAUGACAAGCGAGUGACUUCUCCCGAUGUCGACUAUCCACAUACAAUAUCUCGUAGUCUCCAAGUAGACAGCGUUGAAUCCAGAGCUUUGUAUUUGUUUUUCCAGGACUACGGCUGUGAUUCUAGAAUACUCAGUCCGUGGGUAGGUAUUUUCCAGAUGCUUCCUGGAUUAUAUGAGCGAGCACCGAGAAAUUCAUUCACCUCACACGCCAUCUUGGCCGUUGCUUUGGCGUAUCAAGAACGAAAGCACAAGGUCUCCCGCUCCGAAGUUCCCGCGCGAACAGAGUAUUCCAAAGCAAUACAGGCGAUUAAUUCCCAACUGCAGCUCCAGGAACGAACACCAAUCAAUGAGAUCCUGGCAUCAAUCUGCCUCAUGAGCCAAUUCGAGCUUAUGCUUCCAAGCGCUACAAUGGCUAAAACCAACCCAGAGUCUCGAUUAGCACAUAUGUACGGUGCCAUUGCCAUGGUGCAGCGCGUGGAGGCGCAAGCAAAGGGACAAGUGAUCGACCUCAGAGUUUUGAACCUCAUUUUUUUGCAAAUGACUAUCAAUUGCUUGAACGGUCGGUUACGUCCGCCACUGUCGCUAGAUUCAUGGAUCAGACGCCUCGAUUUUUCCAUGCCCGGCCCGACGCUCUUGUGUGCCAUGUAUCGAAUAGCUCUGUGGCAGGCUGACGUGGACGAGCUGAUUCAAGGAACACAAUGCUUCGACACAGAGACAGAGACUAGAAUACGCAAUCUGAUUAUUAUGAUGCAGGUAGAGGACGCAGAACUUGAGACAUGGGAAUCUUCAUUACCUCUCCGUUUCCAAUACCAGGCGAGACCCGUCUCGCCUCACGAUCAUGCCAUGUUCCACUCGCCGGGAGCACCUCACACGAUAUAUGAAUAUUCAUUCUGCUUGACCGCUGUCCCCCGCACCUUGUAUUUCGCCGCGCGAAUAAUACUGAACCAAAGCCUGCAGCGAUGCUGCACGUGGAUGUCGACCUGGUCGCCCAAGGAGGAGGAAGAGGAGUAUCUGAUUCAGUGUGCCAUCUUGAAAGAGAGCAUAGCGGCCAUGAUUUGUUCUAUAUCCUGUAGCGUGAAUGCCGUCCUGAAUGAUUCCAUCCAACCGCCCGGCAACGACGAUCUUCAAAACCGGAGGGGCGUCGAGGCGCCCGGUUUGCGUGGGGUUUUGAUGAUGUGGCAGUUAUCGGUAUCCUCUGUGGCCACAAAUGACCCAGAUAUUAUGGAGCGAGUUGGACACGAACGUUCUUUGUGGUUGAAAAGUGUCCUGGGCCAUUCCAUAUCCCGGAUGCUGGGCUAUCUGCUCGCCUUUGCUGCGUCUUCGCAAGCACUCACUAUUGACUACUGGCCCUACCAGAGCUUCGUCACAGAGCCUACUUUCCACCCACCGAUUUUCCAAAUUGACAAGUCCGGAGCGCCACUAGCCGAUGGAUUGAUCAUAUUUACACCGUCGAUUGAAAAUAUCACUACAAUCGGUGCGCGCGAUCUCGUCGCGGGCAUGAUCAUGACGGACGACGGAGAGCUGGUGUGGCACGACCCACACUUCGAGAUCUCGACGAAUCUGUUUGUCCAGAGCCUAAAUGGCAAACCUGUUUUGUCUCAUUGGAGUGGACAAGGAAGCAACGUGGGCCACGGUUACGGCUCAGUCACCAUCAUGGACGAGACGUACUCGACCAUUGCCGAGAUCUGUCCCAAGAUCGGCCUUGUCACGCCCGACAACAGCGUGCCAGACUGCGAUGCUGAUCUCCACGAAUCCUAUAUCACGGACCGUGGCACGAUCUUGGUAACGGCGGUGAACGCAACCCAGGCUGAUUUGUCGUCGGUGAAUGGACCGUCUGACGGAUGGGUCUAUGACACCAAGUUCCUCGAGAUCGACAUUGCAACCAAAGAUAUCGUUUUUGAAUGGAGUGCCAUUGAGGCCGGAGUCCCCUUUAAUUUGUCCAAGACCAGACCAGAUACCGGCCUCGCCGGAAACGGGACUUCUCAGAGCUCUCCCUGGGAUUGGUUCCAUGCAAACUCGGUGCAAGCCGUUGGCGACAAGUACCUUGUCAACAGCCGGCAUUGCUGGUCAACUUUCAUGCUUGACAGAACUGGAAAGGUUGAAUGGUAUAUCGAUGGCAGUGAUGGCGGAGAUUUCAAGCUGGACUCAGACAACCUGUUCCGAUGGGAACAUCACGCCCGUGCUCAAAAUUUCACAGACACCUCUCUCGAGCUUCACUACUUCAACAACAAUAACGCCGAAUGGGAUAACGGCACUCGUGCGACCAACGGACUUCGCCUGGGGCUCGACCUGGAAGCAAAGACGGCAACUGUUCUGCAAAAGCUACACUCGGACGGUAUCUUCACAGAGUCUCAAGGAAGCUUUUUUCCGCUGGACAACGGCAAUACGCUGGUGGGAUUCGGGUCAAUUUCCAAGAUCAAGGAGUACGGUCCGGAGGGAGACCUGCGAAUGACUCUGCAGUUUGGAGAGGACAAUCUGGUGCAGUCGUACCGCAGCUACCGACAGGAGUGGCACGCAACACCGGCGACUUUGCCAAAGGCUGUUAUCAAAGACAGUGCUGUCUACAUGAGCUGGAACGGAGCAACAGAGGUAACUCAGUGGAAAGUGUACGGGCCUGCUCUCGUUGGUGCCUCCUCGAUGCAGCUCCUCGGAACAGUCCCGAAGAAGGGCUUCGAGACUUUGUUCAAUCUGACUCAACCGGCUUUGCUGGUAAAGGUGGCUGCUUAUGCUGGUGACAAGCUAUUGGGAACGUCUCCUAUCGUUACAAUCUAG